AUCAUAACCAUAACUUUUCAACAUGGCGUCUGAACAAGCGCGACCAAGGGAACCGCUUGGAAAUCAGGGUCGGGCAGUUCAUGCAGGCUUCAGAAAUGACAAAUAUUCUCUUCUAAUUAUUGUCGGAGCGCAUCGUCGACUGAGCCUUGUCGAAUAUGUUAUGCUAGAAAUUGAAAGAGGUAUCCGGUCCUGGGACAUUGAUCUGACUGCCUGUGACCUGGACGAGCACCUCAAGCUCUUCGUGUCCCGGCACUCCAACACCCUGUCUAGUGACAUCAAAGGUCAGAGGUCACUGCAGUACAGUUCAGACGUUCUUAACAUCCAUGUUGUGGUCAACCCAUCUGAGGAGUUACUGCACUCAGAGGUUCACUGGCUCAUAUCAGAUGGAUCUCGUCACAAGUUGCUUGUGUUAACUGGGCAGUCAUCAGAGGACGUUGGAGAUUUGCUUCUGCACACUGGGCAGUUCUCACCACAGGAUUUCAUCCAGAUUUUUGCAGAUGAGGAGAUAAGUUUGCUGCUGACUGCUGCCAGUGAGACUGGCAAGGUAGCUCUGACCUUAAGUUGCCCAAAAUCUGGAAAGUGGAAGAACUCUGUGUUGGGAAAGCAAACCUUGCAGGACUGUAUCGAUAUCAAAAUCAACCCUCUGAUGGUGUUGCCAAAGAUGGAGGGCCUCGAGGGGUUCACAGACUGCCUCUCCGAAUCCAUGGAGCUCCUCUCGCCCUUUGACCUGCUGGAGCCCCCGAGCAGCGUGGGCUUCCUGAAGCUCUGCCGACCUUGCUGCUAUGUCUUCCCCGGCGGGAGGGGUGACUGUGCCUUCUUCGCUGUGAACGGUUUUAAUAUCUUGGUCAACGGAGGAGCCGAUGCUCGCUCCUGCUUCUGGAAACUGGUGAGGCACUUAGACAGGGUCGACUCUGUGCUUCUGACGCACGUCGGGCUGGACAGCUUGCCUGGCAUGAACAGCCUGCUGGAGAGGAAAGUGGCUGAGCAGGAGGAGAACGCCACUGAGUCACAGAUCAAAGAGAAAUGGCUGAAGAAUCUCAUCUCCCCGGAGAUCGGUGUCGUGUUUCUCAACGCGCCGAACAGGCUGAAAAAGGUCCACGGGGAGCCCAACGUGCUCAGGAGUAGUGAUCAAGUGGCACUCACCUUGCGGUAUCUCGAGAAGCUGAAAAUCUCGCCAGAACCACUUCUACGCUCAGCAGGGACUGCCAUCGAACCAGUCACCCUCUUCCAGAAGAUGGGGGUGGGGUGUUUGGAGCUGUACGUCCUCAACCCAGCAAAACGCUCAAAAGAUCUGGAGAUGUUCAUGCAUCACUGGCCUGAGAACAGCACGAGUCCCAAAGGAUCAGAAUUACCCCUGACCAGCCUUGUGUCUGUCUGUGCACUGCUGGUUUGGCAUCCAGCCAACCCACACGAGAAGAUAAUCCGAGUUCUUUUCCCUGGCUCUACACCCCAGGCUAAAAUUCUGGAAGGUGUGGAGAAACUGAAACACCUGGAGUUCCUGAAACGGCCUGUGGUGUGCUCCAACGAUCUGGAGACAUCAAAGUCAGAUAAGAAUCCGAAGCGUGCCGAGAGCCAAGAUAGCCUCAAGUCCAGUAACAGGGACUCCAGGCCAGGGAGUGCACUUUUCAAGGACAAGGCAUCCCGUGGGGAAGGGAAAAGCGGAAAUGACAAGACCAAAACCACAAACGAAAGUGACCAAAAGGAGCCAAAAGGAGAAGAAAAGCCCAAAUCUGCUGACAAUAGUAAAAUGCGGGCAUCCAAACUGGACAAACCCCUUGCCACAACUGCUUCUACAAAGACUGAAAAUGGAUUGAGGAGAACCCCAAGUAAGAAGGAACCUGUCUCAGGAAGACCUAAGUUAGAUGUAAAAAACGAGCCAAAAAAGGAUGGAAAGAAAGAGUUAAAAACAGAAAAUGGCAAAAAUAAGAAAUUGCUUGGCAAAGAUACUAAGAAAGUUUCAACAUGUCAGUCUGUUGAGCCAAACAGAAGUAACAGCCAGGCAGGCAACGCAAAGGCAGAUGGGGCACACAACAGCAACGAGUCUGAAUGUAAAAAAAUAAACCACAAAUCUAACAAAGAACAACAUAAUCAUAUUCUGUCUGGUGAUGUUCCGAAUCACUCCCCUGUGUCAUCACCAGAGAACCUGACAUCAGAGUUCCUGAGGUUAAGAGAGGAAGAGGAGGUUUUGACUGAAGACAAGCUCCUAGGGCUGUCAGAGAUCUACGAUGGUCAUACACUGGGAGCAGGUGAGGUAGGUGUGCCGGAUGGGACAAAGCCUAGCUUAGAUGAUCCUGAAAGGGUUUGCAGUAAAGAUGGUAAAAUUAUGGCAUCUCCCUCUUCUUCUGCUAAACCCACUGAAGGUGAACAAUGUGUAAAUCUGGACCUCACGCCAACAGAGUAUACUUUACUGGAUGGAGCUCUGAAAGAUAAUUCAUCAAAGAAAAACAGCCCAGUGGAAGUGUGUGCCAGUCCGGACGAAAAGACGCUUGAGUUGACCUCCCCACGUUCCGGCCCAAACAGUGCUGGCCAUACUCCUUAUCACCUGUCACCUGAGGAGAUGUGGUCCUCUAAGAAGAACAGCAGCCUUGGAAACAGGAUUUCAUGCAGCCAGUCGAUGGAAUCCUGCAAGAACUCUGAUGCAGGCCCCAUCAAAAGCAACCAAGAGAGCACCUCCACGUCCUCCAAAGACAAACACACAAGCUUCCUGUCCCUGAGUUCCUUCAAAGACAUAGGCCCAGACAUAUCCCCCUCAGUGACAACACAUUCGAUGCCUGCUGAAGUCAGUUCCCCGCAAUCAACAGAAGUGGAUGAAUCAUUGUCAAUGUCUUUUGAGCAGGUACUUCCACCUGUAAGUGAGUCUAGUAAUGAGGAUGAGCAGUCCUACUCUAAUGGGCAUUUUGUGGACUCUGACUUCAAAGUGUCCUUGCCCUUGAAGAUACCCCAUGGCAUGAAAAACCAGAAUGAAGGCUCAGACGGACGUCCCCCCGCACCACACGGGCUCAUAUUCGAGCCUGCCCACGACGUCGACCUGUGCCUGGUGUCGCCGUGUGAGUUCAAGCAUUUUAAGCCUGUCGGGAUUCAGCAGCAUCCCCUGUCACCCAGAGUGGUUAACCCCAGCCCUCACGAAUUUUCAGAUGAUAGUGACCUCUCCCAGGAGUCGGCAAAGCCCAACGCACCAUCGAAUCUGGUCAGCAAGGGUCAUCCAUGUGCCCAGGAGACGCCGCUGACGUCUGCGAGCGACUACCUGCACACCGCCUCGGACUCCGACAUGCCCCCAGGCACCGAAGACUGGCCGUCCAUCACAGCUGACGGAGCCCUGGACUCUGACGAGGAGUGCGGCGUGGCGUUUCCGCUUCAGAAUGCAGGUGACUGCGCACAAAGUCACCUGUCCCUGAAAGGGGGGCAUCCCCUGCCUCAAGACCCGCCACCUGCUCCUCUGAAAGACCUGCCUCCUUUGCCAGCACAGCCUGGCGCCUGCAUGCCUGACCCUGGCAGAGGGGUCAGGGUUGCAGCAACGAAGACUAAAAAGUUACCCGGAGCUGCUCAGAGGCCUUUGUCUGCUGCAGGUUUGGUUCAGGGGAACAAAACCAAGACAGGCAGUUCCAGUGCUUCGGUGGGCAAUCUGAAGACGAGCUCUGCCUCGGAAACCCAGACAGUCCCUCGUACCUCAGGUGCCAGAGGAGUUGCGUCACGGCCCACUUCGUCAGGCUACAGCAUUGGCAGCAAGGCUGGAAGUAUUGUAGGCCCUUCUGUAUAUUUGGACUUGGCAUAUCUACCAUCGGGCCACGCAGCCGCUACCAUUGAUGUGGAGUUCUUCAGCCGUCUGCGCUCUUCCUGUUACAUCAUCAGUGGUGAUGACACUCUGAAGGAGACCAUUUUGAAGCCCAUUCUGGAUGCCAUCUUGGAGGGAAAAUCUGUCUGGCCUGAUGAUGUGCCGGUGACUUUGAUUCCCACAUUUGAGUCCCUGACCAUUCAUGAGUGGUACCAGCAGACACAGGAGAGACAAAGGAAGCUGGGCGUCACUGUGCUGGGCAGCAACAGCACCGUUGCCAUGCAAGAAGAGACCUUCCCUGCUUGCAAAGUGGAGUUCUGAUGAGCAGGCA